AGUUAUAUUUCUCACAAUAAUGUAUGUUGAUUUUAAUAUGAUUUUUUAAAACUAUCGUCAAGGCAUCCCAUGGCCUUACUAAAAUCAUGACCCCAAGUUAUACACAAGAGGGUCCCAAAGCACGUAUCAAGUUAGAUUACAAAACAAUUUGUGGAGGUUGCUUAAGAAGACGAGCAAAGGCCCAAAAACUUAAACCGGAAGCCAAAAAAACGAGCUUGUGCGCAGCAAAAGAAAUAACAGAAAACACAGAGAAGUGAGAGAAGAGAGAGAAGAGAGAGAGAAACUAGAGAGAAGAAAUGUCAAAGUUUCUUGGUUCUUCGUUAAUGGCGGUUACGAGUUUCUGUUGAUUUCUCUUCAACCUUAAGAAAAUUUCAAAAUCUCCCAUCUCUAUCUCCUCCGUUUCGUUCUUCUCUUCUUUCUUCUUCUUCUUUCUCCAAGAACCCUAAAUUUCGCUCCCUCCGACCACCGUACUGACUUCAUCGGCUCGAUUCGGGGAUCUACGGUGGUGAUAGUUAGCUAUGGAUGCUCCGGUUAACUCCAAUUCGAUUCAGCGAGUGAAGGUUUAUCGUUUGAAUGAAGAUGGUCAAUGGGAGGAUCGAGGAACUGGAUACGUUACUAUGGACUAUAUGGAGCGAUCGGAAGAACUCGGUCUAAAUGUCAUUGAUGAAGAUGAUAAUGCGACAUUGCUUGUACACCGCGUAAGCACUGAGAAUAUCUACAAGCAGCAAGAUGACACAAUCAUCUCAUGGAGUGACCAAGAGCUUUCAGCAGACUUGGCUUUGAGCUUUCUAGAGACUGCCGGAUGCACUUACGUAUGGAAUCUAAUAUCCAGUAUGCAACAAGUUCUACAUUUCAAUGCUCUGAACGGCGAAACGUUUGACAACGUGAUCAGUGAGUUAGAGAAACUUCCUGUUGUCAACCGUUCUAAUCUUCCCCUAAUACUCAAGAUUGUUACUAAAUAUGGCAGCGCCGAUGAGAUGCGAUUAAUCGAACUUAUGUUGAAGGAUGAUGCUUUCUUUCAGAAAUUGAUGGCUGUAUUUGAAGCCUGUGAGAUCAAAAAAGAUGUUGAUGGCCUUCACAUCAUGUUCAAUAUUGUCAAAGAAAUCAUUUCGCUCAACAGUUCUCAGAUCCUGGAGAUUAUCUUAGGGGAUCAACUGUUAAUGAAACUUAUCGGGUGCCUUGAGUAUAAUCCCGAUGUUCCCAAGUCUCAACAACACCGGACUUUUCUGAGAGAGGAUGUUGUUUUUAAGGAGGUUAUACCAUUUACAAAUCCAAUGGUUCUCUCGAAGAUACACCGAACAUACAGAAUUCGUUAUCUGAAGGAUGUUGUUUUAAAGAAUGCAUUAGAUGAUGCUACAUCCGCAAGUCUAGAUUCAGUAAUCAAUGCAAACAAUGCUGCUGUUGUUACACUGCUGAAGGAUGACAUCCAAGAAUUAUUUGCAAGGCUACAGUCACCUUCUACAUCUGAUGAAUCAAGGAAUAAUUUGGUGGACUUUUGGCAAGAAUUUUGUCUUUUAACCAAGAGAUCACAGAAGGUAUCGGUCUUGAGGGAACUUAUCAAUGAUGGUCUUUUUGACAUUAUUGCGGAUGUCUUGAAGAGCCCGGAUAAGAAACUCGUAUUAAUGGGGGCACAAGUCCUUAGUAUAUUGGUGGCUCAAGAUUUCACCCUCCUCUGCUCUUAUGUUGUUCGACCGGAAAAUCCCCUCCUUGGUCUCUUGGUUAAGGGAAUGAUGGAAGAUUUUGGUGAUAAAUGUGUGGACAUUAUUCAAAAUGUACUGGGAUUAGAUGGAACUCAGGUGCAAUUCACCAAUGAUCAGAAGAAGAUGCAAGGGAACAUUUUGGAUAUUUUCUGUGAGAAGCAUCUACCUGAAUUAGCUGAUUUCAUAAUGGCCUCAUGUCCUGAAAGACCCGGCGAUACAGUUGGCAGCCAUCGUGGGGCAAAGAGCGAAGUCCUAUUGGCGAUUUGUGAAUUGAUGUGCUCUUGCGUUCAGCUGGAUCCAUCCAGGACAAAUUUUCUCCAUAACAAUGUGACAGAAAAGGUUUUGCUUCUCACACGACGAAAGGAAACAUUCCUAGUGGCUGUGGCGGUGCGAUUUGUCCGCAAUCUCCUCUCUGUCCAUAAUGAUAAUGUUCAGAAUUACAUUGUCGAGAACAACACGCUGAAACCGAUUAUAGAUGUUUUUGCUGCCGAUGGUCACCGAGACAAUCUGCUGAGUUCUGCUGUCUUAGCGCUUCUUGUGCACAUAUACAAGAAUAAUGCAGUGUUGGCCGAAUAUGUAGUUGGCACAUUUUGGGACCAGUUAGCUCCAUUUGAGCACCUGCCUUCCAUCCGGGAUUUCAAAACGGAAUAUGAGGGGCUCAUAGAAAGUAGGAGACCAAAGAGCACCAAUAAUGAUCAAUCUGAUAUGAUACAACAUGGGAGUGCUCUGGAUGAAGAAAAGUCAGCUGAGCCACAAAAUUCCAAUGUCACUGCUGCAAGGUCUGCGAUGAAAGAAGCUGAGCCUCAUAGUUCCAAUGUCAUAGCUGCAAGUUCUGGUGCUUCUAGUACACAGAUGAAAGAAGCUGAGCCUCAUAGUUCCAAUGUCAUAGGUGCAAGUUCUUCUUCUCAGAGCAAGAGGUCUGGAGGUUUGGUUGAUUAUGAGGAUGACGAAGAUGAUGAAGACUGUAGAGAAAUUGAGCAAGAGAAGCGUAAAAGACCGAGGCUCUCUCCAACAAGUGAAGAAAAUAAGAACUCCUCUCCAGAACAAGGUGGCGAAGCUAAGGAACCUGGAGAACUCUAGGAGCUAAUGACCGAUAGCAGCAAUAGUUGUAGAUGGAAGAAAAUGACAACAUGUAGAUGUAAAGAGAUGUUGUGAUUAAACAUCCCCGACAAUAGAUAGGAUUUUCGGUAUAUCAUCUCUAAUUUUUUUGAGUAUAGAAAGCUGUCCACAAAAAGAAGAAACUGUGAAUAGCCACAAUAGACGUUUUGAAACAUUUGGAUGGUCCGUGCAAAUGAGUCUCUGCAAUUGCAUUUUUGUAAAAAAAGGGCAACCUUUUAUUGAAACUGGGGAUUUUUACUUGUUUGCUCAACAAGUGAAGAUAGAGAGGACCCAAAAUCUACUUUUGUUUUUAAAGUAUGGAUGUUUAUCCUCGUGUUGUUUCCA